UAUUCCUAGUUAGGUUAGCCAGCUAGCGUUAGCUGUUAUGACAACUUUGCUACCUAGUUUAACGUAACGUUAAUCCACUUCCUCUUUAUUAGCAAGUUAGCUAUCAGGCAUGCUAGUCACCAGCAAGUUGUCUGAAUAAGAGAGAACUGACGCUUUCGCUUUGUUUUUAUUAAGUAAUUAUGUGGCAACAGUUGGAAUUAAUUUAGGAGAGGUUGCUGCAAUAGUUCAUUUAUCCUGACCUAUGGUAACCUAACUAACAUGAACAGACUAGUAGCGAAGUAGUUUAUACAGGGAGUAUAACUGUAGUACUGCUAUAGUAGCUAACACAUCCAAAUUUCACUCGAGAGUUGUACUGUGUUCGACUAGAGUCAACUACACACAAUUUCGAGUUUAGUCGGCUACAGACGUGACUCAUUUGUAGGAAAUCACGGAACAUUUUAAGUACGACACCAUGGCAGGAGAGAAUGAACAAUACCCACCUCACCCAGUCCCUUCGUACUAUGACAUAGGCUUAGACCCGCUGUGGGAAACUCUGCAUUUCCCUUCCUUGUCACACACCAACUCACUCCGGACAGCAGAUGGACCCUACCUCCAAAUUAUUGAACAGCCAAAACAGCGGGGUUUCCGUUUCCGUUACGGCUGUGAGGGGCCAUCUCAUGGUGGGCUCCCUGGGGCCUCCAGCGAAAAGAACAGGAAGUCCUAUCCCCAAGUCAAGAUCUGCAACUACCAGGGCGCGGCUCGUGUGGUGGUCCAGCUGGUGACCAACUCCAAAGAUGCCCAUCUCCACGCCCACAGUCUAGUGGGGAAGCAGUGUGACAAGGGCAUCUGCAUUGCAGACCUCCAGCCCAAAGACCCCAGUAUCAGUUUCCCCAACCUAGGCAUCCUCCAUGUGACCAAGAAGAAUGUAAGUAAGACCCUUGAGGACCGCAUGACCGAGGCCUUCAGGAUGGGCUACAACUGUGGCAUUGUCAUCCACCCUGAGAUAGACACCCUGCAGGCGGAGGUUCGCGUUCCCCGAGAACUCACUGAUCACCAGAGGAGUCUGAUCUGCAGUGCUGCGUCCCACCAGGCUAAAGACAUGGACCUGAGUGUGGUGCGUCUCAUGUUUACAGCCUUCCUGCCAGACAGUGACGGGGGCUUCUCCCGCAGGCUGGACCCGGUCAUGUCUGACCCCAUCUUCGACAGCAAAGCUCCUAAUGCGUCCAACCUGAAGAUUGUGCGAAUGGAUCGUACAGCAGGCUGUGUGACGGGGGGAGAGGAGGUCUAUCUGCUCUGUGACAAGGUCCAGAAAGAUGACAUCCAGGUACGUUUCUACGAGGAUGACGAGACGGGGUUGACAUGGGAGGCUUUCGGAGACUUCUCCCCCACCGAUGUCCACCGACAGUUUGCCAUUGUUUUCAAGACCCCCAAAUACAGAGACCCAAACCUACAAAAGCCCACCUCAGUGUUUGUGCAGCUGAAGCGUAAAUCAGACAACGAAACAAGCGAGCCGAAGCCGUUCACAUACCACCCUCAAAUCAUAGAUAAGGAGGAGGUGCAGAGGAAGAGACAGAAGACCCUUCCUAACUUCCAGGAUUACAGCGGUCAAGGUGGAUCUGGGGGCAUGUACCGGGGGCCGGGGGGAGGCUCAGCUGCCGGGGGAGGCCCUGGCUCAGGGGGAGGAGGUUAUUUCCAGGGUUACCCCACAUACAAUAACUAUGGAGGUGGAUACAACACUGGGUUUUCCCCUGGCAUGAGUGGUGACGCCACGGGCAUCAAACACGCUCCACAGGGUAGAGCGGAAGACAGCGGCGAUGACAGCGACGUGGAUGAUGACCCGGCCUCAGGGACCUCGGUCCGGGUCCAAGCCCAGUCAGAGGAUGUCACUGCUGGGGAGAGGAGUGAGGAGGAGGGGGUUGUGGAACCAGGACCAGGUGACAGGACUGGAGAGUGUUUACUGGAGGCCAGGCUGGUGGAUGUUGCUGAAAGACAGGCCGAAGCCCUCUUCCAGUACGCUGUCACUGGGGACAUUCGCUACCUGCUGGCUCCACAGCACCACCUCAUGGCGGCCCAGGAUGAGAACGGUGACACAGGCCUCCACCUGGGGGUGAUUCACAGCCAGACUGACGCGGUCCGGAGUUUUGCCCAGGUCCUGUCUGCCCUGCCUGGGGAGGAUGUGCUCAACAUGCGGAACGACCUCUACCAGACUCCUUUGCACCUAGCGGUGAUAACCCAGCAGAAGGAGGCAGCCGAGGCCCUUAUAUUGGCUGGAGCGGAUGUCACUCUGACUGAUCGCCACGGAAACACAGCUCUUCACCUGGCUGCCCAGCAGAAGGAGGGAGUGAUGGUGGAAUUCCUCCUGAGACACAGAGAGCUGGUAGAACUAGUGGACCUCCCCAACGCAUCAGGCCGCUGCUGCCUCCACCUGGCCGUCUUGGCCAACAGCCUGAGCUCCGUCAGGAACCUUCUGUUGAGCGGGGGCAGUGUGGAGGUCCAGGAGAGAAGCUGCGGCCGGACGGCGCUACAUCUGGCCACGGAGCUGGACAACGUGUCUCUGUCUGGAUGCCUGCUUCUGGAGGGAAACGCUAAUGUGGACAGCUGUACCUACAAUGGCUCCAGUCCUCUUCACAUAGCAGCAGGCAGAGGCUCCGUCAAACUGACCGCUCUGCUAAUGGCUGCAGGUGCUGAUCCUCAUAAAGAAAACUUUGAGCCCCUGUUCUUCAGAGAUGAUGAAAACUGUGUGGAAGAGGAGGAUGAGGAGGAGCAGGAUGAAGGCUACAUCCCAGGGACAAGUCCUCUCAACAUGGCUGCAACUCCUGAGGUAUUGGAACUUCUGAAUGGCAAAGACUACAAGCCAGUGACCCCCACCUCGGUGCUCGUCCCUCCUCAAGGUGACAUGCAUAGCCUGGCCUCCGAGACCAAGCGGGCGUUGUGCCAGGCCCUGGGGGGGCCGGAGGGGGGCUGGGAGAGCCUGGCACACACACUGGGGCUGGGCAUCCUCAACAGUGCCUUCAGACUGAGCCCCUGUCCUGCCAGCACCCUGCUGGACAGCUACGAGGUGUCUGGGGGAAUGGUCAAGGGCCUCCUGGAGGGACUCAGGAUUGUGGGGAACUGCAUGGCUUUGAGUGUACUCGAGGGAGCACUGUCUGAAAAAGAAACUUUAGACCCCCAAAGCACCACACAACUCUUAGAUGCCGGCCUGUCAGACCACAUUAGGGAUCUGAAGCUGGAUGGACGGGUGGACAGUGGCGUGUGUGACAGUGGGGUGGAGCUCUCCACAGCUUGACCUCCACAGCUUGACCUCCACAGCUUGACCUCCAAAGCUUGACCUCCACAUCAGAGCUUUUCCCUCAUCAGGAUGUCAUGAGGUUUCCACCUCCAACAGGCUAUAGACAAUCUCUGCCCACAAGAGACAAAUGUAACAAGCACUCCUCUUCACACAUCAUGCUGAAUAUCCUCACUUUUAUAUUUGUCCCCAUGAUAUUUGAAAAAUAUGAGUAUUUUGUGUAAUGAUUUUCUUUCUGGAAUACUACAAAUAUUUUUGAAUCUUCGAGUUGUCCUCAUGAAUGUGCUUUAUUCAGGGAACACGCAAAGGUAACAGUAACACCGUAUUGAAUGGUUUUGGAAAGUAAUUGCAUUUUCUGAAAUAAUUUAUCACUUAUGCAGAAUGUAUUCUCAACAAGUAAUUACAUUCAAAAUGAUAUGACCAGACAUUCUCUCCACGCUACAGUUCAUUUAUAGCAAACAAAGAUGCAGAAAAUGCAGACCUGUUUUGUGUGGUUGUCUGGACCUUAGCAAAGACUGUGUGGCAGCUGAAACAGGAAUAUCUCUAAUAUAAUUGACUUUACAGAAAGUACAACUUUAAGCGAAUUUGGAAAAUAAUAUUCUGCUGGUGUCUGUAAUUAGAAGUUGUCCCUGUAUAUGCUGCAGAAGCAGUACAGUUCACAGGAUCGGUCAUGGUUCAGGUUCACCCAGCCAGAGACUCUAGCUGUUGAAGUAACACAUGGAAAUGCUCCACAUGGACAGACUGGUUACUGUACAAUCGUUUGUAUUGCAAUCAAGCCACCACUAAUAACUGCUCAUGCAAAGGUUUUUGUAUUACAGGGUGAAAUAGAAUUUCCUACGGAAGUGGUCUUACCAGUAAUAUGUAGUUUGUGAUGGAAUACUGUAAAUAUCACACUUUGCCUUUUUUAGUGCAGUCCUCCUCCUCUCAGUACCAAAACCAUUAUGAUGACGUUAGUUUCUGUGUGGACGACCGUCUCAUUCGAUCAGUUGUCGUUGUUUUGACCUGAGGUGUUCCUUUAUUGUAUCAACUUUUGGUAACACAUUAUUGUCUCCCUUGAGAACCCCAGGGUGACAUUAUGGUCUCCCUUGAGAACCCCAGGGUGACAUUAUGGUCUCCCUUGAGAACCCCAGGGGGACAUUAUGGUCUCCCUUGAGAACCCCAGGGGGACAUUAUGGUCUCCCUUGAGAACCCCAGGGUGACAUUAUGGUCUCCCUUGAGAACCCCAGGGGGACAUUAUGGUCUCCCUUGAGAACCCCAGGGGGACAUUAUGGUCUCCCUUGAGAACCCCAGGGGGACAUUAUGGUCUCCCUUGAGAACCCCAGGGGGACAUUAUGGUCUCCCUUGAGAACCCCAGGGGGACAUUAUGGUCUCUUGCCACAAUCAAAGUGCGUAAAAUAAAUAAUGAAAUAAAAAGAAUAGCAAGACACAACCGACGUUUGUCAGACAACACCUAGGUAAAGACCAAAUUUAUUGAGACAAUGUGUUCUGGACAGGUGAGUAAAAGAUGGAAAUGUUGGUGUGGAAAUUCCUUUCAGUUGAUAAGAGACUAAUAAAAAGUUACUAGAGAGGACUACAUUAAGUUACUUUACCGAAGGCAGUAACACCAGCUAUUGAAGCUAGGGGGUGUACGUACUCCUGAACUAUGAAAUAGAAUUUUGGUUGAUUUGAUGAAUGAUUGUUUAAAAAGACAACUUUCCAGAGGGUGCACCAACUGUUUUUCCUAACUGUAUCGGUUUAAGUUGGGGCAUAAACUUCCUUUUACAAAGCGUUUGUUGUAAGUUAUGAUUAGGUUUCUGUCAUCAAUGCAGUAAAUGGCCUAGGUUUUUAAUUAUCUUAUGUUAAUAUCACAUCCAGUUCUUCAAGAAGGUGGCAAAGAUUUUAGAUAAUGGUGCUGUUUUUCGUUUCUUUGCUAUUUUGUAAUCAGGGCUGCGAUUCAUUGAUAUCAUAAUGUCUUUACAACAUUUGUCCUUUUGCCACAAACUGAGAAGUACUAUCAGAACCAGUCGACCUUGCUAUUGAUAUUCCUCAACAUCUUUAGUUUGAAGCUGUUAACUGGCAUUUUUACAGAUUACAAUAAGCCUCAAUGUCUGUUCCAAACGAAAGGUUUGAUAGGCACUUCUUCACUUUGUCUGGGACUUAAAUAUUUAUACCUGUGGCUUGUGAAACAGCUUUGUACAGAAUGUUAUCAUGAUCCAUUUUUUUAAAUAAAAUUCUUAAUUUUG